ACUCUCCACUUGAGGGGUUUGGUACCAGCACCCCGCCCAGAGCGCUGCCGCCCAAACCCUCGCAGGCAGCUCGUCCACGCCCUCGCAGCUCCGGGUAGAGCCCGGGUCCUGUACGCCUGGGUGUUUGUGGGUCCCUCUGCCCGGCCGUCUGCUGGGGGCACCUCUCCCCCCUCGGUCUCCCCGCCCCCCGCCCCUUGGAGCCCCACCUCGCAGCCACGCUCCUUGCUUCUGCAGCCUGGAAACUCAGCAUGCGUCCCGCAGGCUUGGGGAGCGUCUUGCUGCUGGUGUCCUCCCUUCUCCUGCCAGGGGGGCUGUCAGCUGUUCCGCAAAGCUUUUCGCCGUCUCUGAGGAGCGGCCCGGGCGCCGCCGCGUGCAGGCUGUCCCGGGCCGAGUCGGAGCGCCGGUGCCGCGCGCCCGGGCAGCCCCCAGGGGGCGCUCUGUGCCACGGCCGCGGCCGCUGCGACUGCGGGGUGUGCAUCUGUCACGUGAGCGAGCCCGGCGUGUACUUCGGGCCCCUGUGCGAGUGCCACGAGUGGGUGUGCGAGGCCUACGACGGCAGCACCUGUGCAGGCCACGGUAAGUGUGACUGUGGCAGAUGCAAGUGUGAUGAAGGAUGGUUUGGUGACGCUUGCCAGUACCCAACCAACUGUGACCUGACCAAGAAAAAGAGUAACCAGAUGUGCAAGAAUUCUCAAGACAUCAUCUGCUCUAAUGCAGGUACAUGUCACUGUGGCAGGUGUAAAUGUGAUAAUUCAGAUGGAAAUGGACUUGUUUAUGGUAAAUUUUGUGAGUGUGAUGACAGAGAAUGCAUAGAUGAUGAAACAGAAGAAAUCUGUGGAGGCCACGGAAAGUGUUACUGUGGAAACUGUUACUGCCAGGCUGGUUGGCAUGGAGAUAAAUGCGAAUUCCAGUGUGACAUCACCCCCUGGGAGAGCAAGCGAAGAUGUACAUCUCCAGAUGGCAAAGUCUGCAGCAACAGAGGGAUUUGUGUGUGCGGUGAAUGUUCUUGCCACGAUGUGGACCCCACUGGAGACUGGGGGGAUAUUCAUGGGGACACCUGUGAGUGUGAUGAGAGGGACUGCCGGGCUGUCUAUGACAGAUAUUCUGAUGACUUCUGUUCCGGUCACGGGCAGUGUAACUGUGGAAGAUGUGACUGCAAAGUAGGCUGGUAUGGGAAGAAGUGUGAACACCCACGUUCCUGCCCGCUGUCAACGGAGGAGAGCAUCAGAAAGUGCCAGGGAAGUGCCACUCUGCCAUGCUCGGGAAGGGGUAAGUGUGAAUGUGGCAAGUGCACUUGCUACCCGCCGGGAGACAGCAGGGUGUACGGCAAGACGUGUGAAUGUGACGAUCGGCGCUGUGAAGAUUUGGAUGGCGUGGUCUGUGGAGGCCAUGGGGCAUGUUCCUGCGGUCGCUGUGUUUGUGAGAAAGGAUGGUUCGGGACGCUCUGCCAGCAUCCGAGGAAGUGUAACCUGACAGAGGAACAGAGCAAUAGUCUGUGUGAAUCGGCAGAUGGCAUAUUGUGCUCGGGAAAGGGCUCCUGCCACUGUGGAAAGUGCCUUUGUUCUGCUGAAGAAUGGUACAUUUCAGGAGAAUUCUGCGACUGUGAUGACAGGGACUGCGACAAACAUGAUGGGCUCAUUUGCACAGGGAAUGGAAUCUGUAGCUGUGGAAACUGUGAAUGCUGGGACGGAUGGAACGGAAAUGCCUGUGAAAUCUGGCUCGGCACGGAAUACCCUUAACGAUUACAUGGCAGGGAACCGGGUUCUUCUUUCUUCUCGGCCCUCAGAACGUAUAAAUGCAGAGGAAACCAUGUAUAAUCACCACUACGACAGGUCAACAAGACUAUGUAUGUUUUUCUCUUUCUGAAUGCCUGAAUGAAAUCUGGGUACCCAUUAAAAAUGAGUUAAGCAAUUCUGAUGAAAAUAGCAUCAGAAAAAACUUUUCCUACCUUCAUUUACAUCAGUGGUUCUCAACAAGGGCAAACUUUACCACCCAGAAAACGCUUGACAGUAAUGUUUACAGGUAAUUUUGAUGGUCACCCUGGGAGGCGUGGAAGGCGUGUUAGGGGUGGAUAUCCAGUGGGUGGGCACCAGGGAUGCUGUGAACGUCCUCUGGGGUACAGGACAGUCCCCCCACAGCAAAGACUGACCUGACUUCACAUGUCAAGGGUGCCUGAGCUGAGAAACAUUGAAUUACAUGGUUGUUAGAAAUGUACAACCCUGUACAAGAAAGACCAUAUUUGUGCCUAAGGAAAAAAUACAGCCUCACAUAAAUCCAUUGAUCAUAUUUUGCCAGGAUUCCAUAUCACUCAUCAUUUCCAUGGAGACGUAAGGUAUCCAGACACACAUAGGACAUGGGGCAGAAACUACAUCAUCAGUGCUUUUGAAAAAAAGAAAUAAACCUGGUCAUUUUAGCCAUUAAGUCAUUUGUCUUAUCCCCCUUUAGACUCACACACAAAAAAGACUCUCUUAAAAUGAAGGAAGAUAUUAUGAAAAAUGUACCAGUCAACAUUUUAAAUAAAUAGUGACAUAACUUGCUUAUAUUCUGUGUCAGUAUAUAUUUACCUACUGAGGAUUAACUUCCCAAAAUGAAUUUUUAUUCAGGGGUAUCUAUUUUCUAUUUCUAGAACAUUUUUUAAUAUUGGGCAGGGGUUACAUGUAUAAGAAUUCUAAUUUUUUUACUAUUUAAACUACUCCAUGGUAACUUGCCUUUUAAAAAGACAGCAUAUAGUUAGAUGUAUGAUGGGCCUGAAAUAUACAUUCACCUCCCUUAAAAACUCUUAUUUGUAAGGAUACAUUACUUAUUGGAAAAGUAGGCUCAUGCAAAGAAAUCAAGAAAUUAUAUUAAGAUUAAAAGUCUCAAAAGCUCAGAGGGUUUAAAAAAAAAAUCCAGAAAUGCCUGAAAUAGAAAUUACAAGUAUUCAGUCAAUAAUAAGAACAAAAUGUUUAUUUUCUUAAUGGUGAAAUUCUGCUCUGUAUGAAAUCCACAUUGAAUUAUGAAAAUGUACAAUAAUUCAGACUUCCCUUACAUAUUUACAGUUAAAUCUACUUAUACACAUUAGUUAGGCAACCCUUAAUUAUUUAGAGCUAAUAAAAACCCCACUUUUUUUUCCUAAAGGUGACUUCUAUCUUGUAAAAUCCUAGAAUAAUAUAACAAAAUCAUUUCCACAUUAAGAUGAAAAGUUUUACUUGGAAAUUUUCCUUGAUGAUGUAAAUAUUCUAGAGUUGUGGCUUGGACUUUUCUAAGUCACAUCACCAAAAAUAAGGAAAAUAUGCAUCUGCUGAGUUACUGAAAAUUUUAAUAUUGAAAAUUAUUUAAGAUAAAAUUUAACUGAUGCUGAUUUUGAUAGUACUAAUAGUGUUCUUGUACUUUAAGAGAUUUAUAAAAUUGUCAUUUCUAUCCUGAGAUUAAGGAGCGCAACCAUGUGAUUGUAUCUCUAGUCUCAAGCAUAUCAAUCAAUAUAUCAGUUUUUGUAAAUGAGGGAAAUAGAAGCUGUGAAGGAACAAUACAGAUUAUACUCUUUCCUCUUCUCUCUCUAAACCCUUUAACCCUCAAACAAAGCUGUUAUUGUUCAGCUGCAGUUCUGAUGCCUUAUGUGAUGCUGCACAGACACUGAACUUCAGUACCUUAUCCAGCCAUCAUAAUUUGCACAAAAGACCUUCAUGUUCCUUUCUUGUAGAACUUUCCUUUCUAUAAAGGACCAGAUGGUAAAUAGUUUAGACUUUGUGGGUCAUAUACAUCUCUGUUACAAAUUCUUGUUUGUUUUCAUUUAAUAUUUUAAAGCUGAAAAAACAAAUUCAUUCUGAGCUCCUGGACUGUAAGAAACAUUGGGAGAUGGAUUUGGCUUGUACCCAAGCAGGAGUUUGCCAGCCUCUGCUCUACUGAAACUGCUCUUAGCUUCCUCUCUUAUCACAUAACCCUUGGUGUGUCUUCUUUUUCUUAUCAUUCUCUGUAUCUGUUAACCCUUUUCAUUAACAGCACCUACAACAAAAAUGCUGUUCUUUUUCUGUUUUCAUUUAACAAAAUGUCCUUAGCAUUCAUGUUUUCUUUUUUAAGAAAAAGUUAAAAUAUGGAGAAAUUAGUGUAUUAUAAAGUUCAAAAUGUGAUUGGUCCAAAUUUUUUGACAAAGCUGAAAAUAUAAUUCAGCUCUAUUCUGGGGUUUAUUUAGCUCGGAAUUAUUGAGCCAAAAGGAAAUUACGGCAUUAAUUCACAUGGUACCUACACGCUAAUGAAUAUUUUUCUUCUAAAACAAAAAUAUUUUCAUUUUACCACUUUCUGUCUGCUGCAGCAGUUCUUGUGUGUGUUUAUGUAUGAUUUUGGGUCUCUAGCAAUGCAGACAUCAAUAGAUCUAUGAAGACGUGAUUUAACUUACAUGUUUAACUUGGAGAAAAAUAAACAUAGUUACGUACAAAGACAUAAAUUUCUACCCUUCUUAGAUGUGAUUUUGUACUUUGACUUUUGAUUCCAUUGCUUAGAUAGAAACUCCCUCUUCAAAAAAAAAAAAAAAGGCAGGGCAAGAAUAAACUUAUAACAGUUGGAGGGAAAUUUUAUUGGCUCAUUCAAGUUGGUCAGUAGUAAUGGUGGAAAUACGUCAAUUGGGGAAGGAUACAUGUUUGCCAAUGGUGUUAGCACCAACCCAGUUUGCUUGGCAAACCAUCACUAAGGAAUUCCUCCAUAAAGGACUUUUGAAUAAGAGUCUACAAACAUCCUGAGACCUAAGAGAAUCACCCUGGACUCUGAGCUAAUCUGGAUUCUCACCAUGCAUUGGAAGGAAUGGCCUCCACCACUUCGAAUGUGAAUACAACAUGGGGAUUAGACCAAAUGAGAGAGAAAACCAAGAGAAAACAAAAACAAGACAUAAUUCAACCUUUGUUUGCAGACUCACUAUCAAAGCUUUUGAAACCCCAUUCAGUAUUGAGUCAACAGGCCACUUUGUAAGCAAACAAAGCUACUCUAAAAAAUGUAUUUUACUCCAGAGUAACACAAUUCACAUCUGGAGUCUGAGAUGCCUGUGUUUAGCUCAACAGCUAUCCCUGGAUAUAGACUCCUUCUAAAAUGUUCGUACUCCCUCUAAUAUUAGGGAGAGAACUUUCAAUGAAGUGGUACAUGUCUAACUUUUAAGUCGAGAAGUAUUUUUUUCUUGUUUUUUAAAAAAGAGCCAAGUCUGAUAUUGGUCAUCCUGAAAACAGCUGUUUUAGUGCUUUAAGCAUUCAUUAAGCAACUGGCCAGGUAUGAUAAAGAAACUCCUCUUGCACUCCAAGAGGCAAAUAACUGGACCACGGCAGGAGUCUUAUGGGUUCAUCAUGGCACUUUUGAAGCCAGUCCUUAACCCAAAACACUCAGGGCAAAGGAACAUUUGGAGCAAGAACCUCUACAUUCUCCAAGAUUUGUAAUGGAAUGAUGCUCAAUUCCAUUGUACUCUUUAUAUAGGUUGGACCAUUUGCCUCUCUUCUCUAAUUUUUUCAGGUUAAGUUGUAGUGAAAUAUUUUAGCAAACAUAAGAAAAUAAAAUGAUAUCACUUGAAAUAUUAAAACAAUAAACAUUCCAGAGCAUUGUUGAGGAAUGAGUGAAGCAACAGCUACCAUAACAGAUCAGCAGACAUAACCCUUCCACACCAGACAUGAAUGCAAAAGGCAUGCGAUACUGGAAAGACUCGAUAAAAUCAACAUACGUACAUGUAGGUACAGAUCACAUGGUGGUCUCCAAAUACAAACGAAUUCCAUCAGAUUUACUGUACAGAGUAUCAAUGGCGACAGAUUGCACUUAAAACAGCAAACUUAGUUUUUGAGGGGAGAAAAAUGGUGGAGUCUUAUCCUGGAAAAAUAGCAAAAGAGGUAUCAUCAAAGAGCUAAAAUCUUCUUUGGCAUGGUAAAGGGGGAGACUGAGUUUACCAAACUUAUUUACAUGACACUUCUCUAUAUCUGUGGGUGAUGCAAUGCCAUUUUGUUACAUAAAGUUGUUCAAUGUUUUGGAAUAUGCCUUCAUAUAAAUAUUUUAUUCAAUGUGUUGUAUUUAUGAAUACAACAAAUGAUAUUAAACACAGAAACUGCACAAUGCAGACAGACUCUUUGUAUGUAGAUUGAGUAAUACACACCAGUGGCUCUUGAAACACAGGUCCUACAACAUGCAGUUCAUCAGUGCUGUCCUCGUUCCAUGCAACAGGUCAGACCAGACACAGAGGAAAUGAUCUAACUAAAUCACAAAUAACAAGGACCCCUCUGCAGUACGUCUAAACAUAUAUUAGAAGAAAGUAUUUUGACAUCCAUUCAUAGGGAUAAAUGCCCUUAUAGAUAACUCAUGUAAAAAACAAAACAGAGGUACACAUUUACUGAAAUCUCAUUCAUUUACAAAAAUAAAUCUUGUCAUAAUUUUAACCAAUAAACAAGCUUGCAGGAGAGAAAAAGAAACCAGCAAGUAGGGCUGAUUACCAAAAACAUAUAGGUGGGGUUUUUUGAUGUGUGUGUGUGUGUGUGUGUGUGUGCACGUGCACCUGCACGCACGUGCAUGGUAGGGUCAGUCCAUCUAACUGGAAUUUCAAGUUGUUAUUCACAGUUUGUCACAUACUAUGGAGUAUAUGUCUUCCCUAAAAAUUGAUUAAUUCAUCUAAUGUAUUUUAACUUAGCCUAUUAAAAAUAAUAGGCUUUGAAAUGGUGUAAUAAGAAAUCAAGAGAGGUCAAAAGAAUCAUUUUGUUGUAUUUGUACUUUAGCAUUAUCAACAAUAAAUCUACUCAGAUGUUAUGCUAACUUUUUAUUUAUUAAAGUGGAAUUCAAUAUGAAAAUGAAAUAAGCAUAAACAGUUAAAUUGAUAGUAAAUCUUUAAUCAGCUAAGCAGGCCAAAAUUGUUAAAGGCUGGGCAAAGGCUGUCAUGGAGACUUAGGAAAGCAGUGACAAAAUAAUUUCCCAGUAAAUACAGUGCAGAUGGGAGAAAAUGGCGACUGGGUCAUCCUUCCACAUGGAAAAUAACAAGAGGCCAGUACAUGGAUACCACAUAUAGUUUUCUAUAAAUGAGGUUCAGUUUGGUCUCAAUUAACUGUUCAGAGGAGAAAAACAUUGAAAUUUAUUAAGUAUACACAGUUAACAAAUAUAUUUCCAAACAGUUUAGUAUCAAACAUUUUGAAACUCUUUAGAGCCAAUGGUGAACAUUUUGCAUGGUUUCUUCACUGUGGAGUCAACUGUUCCUGGACUUUCUCAGUUGCUGUCUUCCCUAAGCUCAGGAUUCAGCA